UGCCAAGAUGGGGGAACGGAGGUUUCAACACAGCGCACACAAUACGUCAACUAGUGUGUUUUCAAGAUAUCAGUGUGCGCCAUACAAACGUCAUAACCAAGCGACGACAAGAAGCAGUGGAUGUAAACAAAUAUACAGACGUUGCAGCCACCAGAAAAUGACAACGCUAACAAGACAAGACCUCAAUUUUGGACAAGUGGUGGCUGACAUCUUGUGUGAGUUUUUGGAAGUGGCUAUUCAUCUCAUCCUCUAUGUACGAGAGGUGUACCCAUCUGGAAUAUUCCAGAAGAGAAAGAAAUACAAUGUACCUGUACAGAUGUCAUGCCACCCAGAGCUGAACCAAUACAUCCAUGAUACUCUUCACUGUGUAAAACCCCUCAUUGAGAAGAAUGAUGCAGAGAAAGUGGUUGUGGUCAUCAUGGACAAAGAGCAUCAUCCAGUUGAGAGAUUUGUCUUUGAGAUUUCACAGCCUCCUCUUUUAUCCAUCAGCUCUGAUACAUUGCUGUCACACGUGGAACAGUUACUGAGGGCGGUUAUCCUGAAGAUCAGUGUAUGUGAUGCAGUUCUGGAAAACAACCCACCGGGAUGUACGUUUACAGUGCUGGUCCACACCAGGGAGGCUGCCACCCGCAACAUGGAGAAGGUUCAGGUCAUCAAGGAUUUUCCAUGGAUAGUUGCAGAUGAGCAGGAAGUACACAUGCAGGAGCCCAGACUCAUACCCCUGAAGACCAUGACAUCAGACAUUGUGAAAAUGCAACUGUAUGUGGAGGAGAGGGCACAAAAGGCUUCAUAGAUCAAGCUCGACUAAAAAAGAUGGCAAUCUCCGCACUGCAGCUGCCACAAUAAUCAACUAGUUGAGGUGUGCAUUUGGGAAAGUGGGGAUCUCUGGAUCUUCAUUCUAAUGCUUGAACUGUGAAAACUUUGAGAAAAAUACUGUUUUUCUUUGUCAUAGUUUGACUUGGCGAGAGGGGAUAUGCAGAGUCAGUUAUCGGUUCAGCACUGUAUCAUUGCUCAUCACAAUGAAAAUAAUUUAGUAUGUACAUAGUUAUUACAGCAAAGCCUAAGGGGAAUGAUCUGUGGUAUAGUGGGCACUUUUGUUCCCAUUCUAUUUGUUUCCAGUUGGUGUAUAAAGCAAUGUUUAAAUGUACCAUAGGCUGCGUUUACACAAGCAGCCCAAUACUGAUAUCUUUUCCCCUAAUUGGUCUUGACCAAUCACAUCUCUUGACAGAUCUUUUUUCAGAGCUGAUCUGGUUAAACAAAAGAGCAAUUAGUGACAAAAAGAUCUGCAUUUGGCUGCCUGUCUAAAUGCAGCCCUUUUGUGUUGUAUGAAGCUAUGUUUACACUAUGAUGUUAAUUAUUGUGUUCACUAAAACAUGUUUUUUGGGGAAGUCUCAGGUGGAUACGGUCUACCUGGUUAAAGUUCUAGACCAGGGCUCUCUAACCCUGUUCCUGGACGGCAGCUCUCGAUGAACAGAGUUGGAUAGCCCUGAUUCUAGACAGUCGAUAACAGGGAUGACCAAACAGGUUGCAUGGUUUGAUAUUGUAAGUGUUGAACAUUGACAUUGGUCCAUAAGAAAGUACUCAACCCAAACUGCAAAAAUGCUUUGUGAAUAAAUGUGGAUUUAGCAUUUUUGAUUUUAAUAUUUGAUUUUUGUUUUUUCAUAAUGCAUUCUACUUUGGAAAAUAAAGUGUUUUAGUAGACUGUAAUACUUUUUUUGUCAAGUUAUGUUCCAUUCCACUGUAAUGCACCUUACCAAAAAAGUUCCUUAAAUCUCGGAUACUGAUUAGAAUUGCUUAACACAAGGAGGGUUUGUAAAUCUAAUGGACGGACUGAGUACAAUGCAAAUAACAUUUGACCUGACAGAAGUGAACUUGCUCUGUUUAUUAUUUGAUGGGGAAUACAGGUAGGGGUAUCUACAAUAACAUUUGACCUGACAGAAGUGAACUUGCUCUGUUUAUUAUUUGAUGGGGAAUACAGGUAGGGGUAUCUACAAUAACAUUUGACCUGACAGAAGUGAACUUGCUCUGUUUAUUAUUUGAUGGGGAAUACAGGUAGGGGUAUCUACAAUAACAUUUGACCUGACAGAAGUGAACUUGCUCUGUUUAUUAUUUGAUGGGGAAUACAGGUAGGGGUAUCUACAAUAACAUUUGACCUGACAGAAGUGAACUUGCUCUGUUUAUUAUUUGAUGGGGAAUACAGGUAGGGGUAUCUACAAUACCAUUGAGGGUUGUAUAUCAAACACGCCUUCUUCCAAUCAUUUUAUUGUUCUUUGGUUUUACUGUUUUAUUGUAUUAGCUUUUCAUCCUGUUCAUUUAAAAUGAAUGUUAAUUCCUAUAUUCAUGUGUCUAUAUUUUGUCUACUUUAUGUAGUGUGUUACAAUAUUAAAUGCACUGUAGCAUUAUUUUGAUUAGUGACUGCAAAAAGACUGCUAAUGAUUAGGGAAUGGUUUAUAAGGACCUAUAUUAAACAUCUUAUAAAUGA